AGAUCCAUUACAUUAUAUUAAGGGGCAGCUGCCUCCAAUUAUUGUGUUUUUAUUUUGAAAAUUAUAUAAUAUAAUAAUUUUAGAAAUCCAAAUCACUAAAUAAGGACCGGGAAGUAAUACUUAUAGUUUAAGUUUUCGUCCUAUUCAUGAAGUCUUUCUUCAAGUUCCAUUGCCGUUGAAAUGGAUUCAUGAACCAACUUGAAUUUAAAAUUCACGCCUUCUAUAUAUAAGAGUGAUCAAACUCUCACCUGGAGAUCAUAUCCAUCUUCCAUUCUUCUUCUUGCUUACCAAUCACCACCAUGGCUCACCUCAGAAAGCUUCCAUUUCUGAUACCUUCGCUUUUUUCUGUCCUCCAACUUCUGUUUUCUCCCGAAUCUGUCAUCAAAGGAGGGUACUGGUAUUCAGACAGCGGCCUUGCUACUUCAGAAAUCGAAUCCUCCCAUUACACUCAUCUCUUCUGUGCAUUUGCAGAUCUUGAUCCAAACACUAACAGAGUCACCAUUGCUUCUUCCAGAGUAUCUCAAUUCUCUUCCUUCACCAGAACAGUUCAACGAAAGAAUCCUUCUGUUAAAACCCUUUUGUCCAUUGGUGGUGGCCUCGCUGUGAGUUCAAGCUUCUCUAAAAUGGCGAGAACUCGUAGUAUGCGCAAAUCAUUCAUCGAUUCGUCCAUUAGAGUUGCCAGAGAAAACAACUUCCAUGGCCUCGACCUUGAUUGGGAAUACCCAUCUUCGGACACAGACAGAACCAAUUAUGGUUCUCUCAUCAACGAGUGGCGAUCUGCUGUGGCAGCAGAAUCAAGCUCUUCUGGAAGACCAGCGUUGCUUUUAUCAGCUGCCGUGGCUGGAUCAGACCAGAUUUCGCCGUUGAAUUUUUACCCAUUUCAGGAGAUCGCCAAAAGCUUGGAUUGGAUCAACGUGAUGGUUUAUGACCUGUUCAUUCCAGAUGGGUACCCAGAUGCGACCCAGCCACCUGCUCCAUUGUAUAACCCGGGCGGGCUGUUCAGCGGAGACGAAGGGGUUUCGAAAUGGAUCCGAUCGGGCGUUCCGGCGAAGAAAGUGGCUAUGGGCCUGCCGUUUUAUGGGUAUAAAUGGAGGUUGAGGAACCCUAACAAUGGCGGAUUGUUCUCGCCAGCGACGAAUCCGAAAGCUGGAGGUGUGAGCUACAAGGAUAUCGUAGCAGCGAGGCCGAGAGUGAGCUAUAAUUCAACGUAUGUGACGAAUUAUGCGCAGAAAGGAUCAGAUUGGUAUGGUUAUGACGAUGCUCAGAGCAUUUCUGCGAAAGUUGCUUAUGCGAAACGAAGAGGACUGCUUGGAUAUUUUUCUUGGAGCGUUGGCCAGGAUUCUAAUUGGAUUCUCUCCAGAACUGCUUCCCAAACAUGGGGAUGAUGAUUCAGUACCCGCAGCAUAACAGAGCAGAAGGAAUAUUGCCUAACGAAUAAA